UCUGUGAUCGCAAAAGGCAUUUUGAUAGAUUUUAGUUUAUUCUUGGUCAAAAUAAAUAAAAAAUGGCACCAAGGCGAGGUGCAAGAGUUGUAAAAGUUGAACAAGCUAUAGAUUACGAUAAUCUGACAGUGAAGGAAGUGUUAUGUCCUAUAUGCCGAAGUAUUUUGAUAGAGCCAGUGACGCUUCCCUGCAAUCAUGUAUUCUGUUCAUCAUGUUUUCAAGGCACUAUGGAAAAUGCAAAUCUGGUGUGCCCCCUUUGUCGAGUGAGAAUUGGUUCUUGGUUGAGGACUUGUAAAAAAGAUAAUAAACUAAUCAACCUAGAUUACUGGAAUGCCAUUAAAAAGUUGUUUCCAGAACAAAUAAAAAAUAAACUUGAUGGUAUUGAAGAAAACCUAGACUACGAAGAUCCAUUGAUUCAAUUAGCUAAGCCUGGAGAACUGAAGAAGGAAUAUGAAACUCAAAUGAAAAAAGAAACUGAAUCAUUCAAAAGGGAAAGGGAAGCUGAGAUUAAAGCUAGUGAAGCUCUGAUUCAGAAAUUAAAUGAAGAAGAGGAGUAUCAAAGAAUAAUAGAAGAGGAAAAAUUGAGAUUGGACGAAGAAAUUGCCAGAAAAUUAGCUGAGGAGUUAAAUACCGUUAACAAUCAGAAAAGUACAGAAAUACCUUGUUCCCAAAUGAAAUCAUCAAAUAAUAAUAAUAAUUCAAAAAAGAGUGGUCCAUUAGAUAGGUUCUUACAGAAUGAAAGUAUUAAAAAUCAAUCAAUUCCACCAAAACAAGAAAAGGAGAAAAAAAUCAAUUAUGCUACGAAAGAUUAUACUUGUCGUAUAUUAUGUCAUGAUAUAGGAAAUGAUUAUGAAACAAUGGGUAAAAGUAGAGAUGAAGAUAUUCAUCCACUCACUUUGAGUAUGCUGAAUCAAAAAAUGAGUUUGGAACUUCAACAUGUUUUGGACUUGGGUAAUCAUAGUGAUAGCAGUGAUUCAAUAGAAUCAGAGUGCCGCUAUUUCAAGCCAAUUGAUUAUAGACGAAGUCUUCCUUGUCAAAAAACUAUCCCAAUAAGAGUUCCAGCUGUUAGAGCAGAAGUGAAAACUAACAAUUUGAGUGCUCCAAAAGGCCAGAAUAUGCUCAAGAAUGAUCCCUUGAACUCAGCCUUUGCUGCAUUUGGAAAACUUUCUUUGGGAGAGAAAGAACAAACAAGUUGUAAAUCAGUAAAACCAAUGACCAAAGUUGGUAGUCUUUCUACAGAAAAGAAUCAAUUGAGGAGCCCUGAAACGAAUAAGAAAAAUGUGAGUCCAGGAAAAAAAAAGAAAAACAAUUUUAUACAACCAGUUACAUCUAAGGGACCCUCAACUCGACAAAAAGUUAACCAAAAUAAAAAUGAAACGCAAAGCAAGGCUAAUAUAUUGGUGAAACGGAAGUUGUCUAAUAAUUCUCCUGAUUUUGUUUCUCCAAACAAAAGGAUCAAACCAGAUUCGAGUUUUGCUAGAUUUCUGGACUCUCCAAGUUCACCAUUCAAAGGAUUUGGUAAAAUGGAAAUGGACGUAAAACUACCUCAAAAAAGACUAACCAGAAACAAUAAAAUUGAAGAUGUGAAUCUGGAAAAUAUUAUUGAUUCAGAUAAAGUCAAAUUACAAGUAAAAUCUGAUUAUGAAUUAGCUAAAAAGUUACAGGAACAUUUCAAUAGCUCAAGUUAUUCAACACGAAGCUCUGCGCCAAGGAGAGGUAAAAAAGUUACUAAACAAGCAACACUUGAUAGUAUGUUAUGUAAACAAUCAAAGUUUAAACAUUAGUUUUGAUUUUUUAUAAUUUGUUUUAGUUUUUUUCAUAAAACUGUUUUGCUUUUUGUAUACCAAGUAUACUUAUACUUCAGAGAUUUUAUAAAAUAAAUGUUAAUCUUUUUUCAUGCCGAUUGAUAGGUGAUAUUGAAUUAGGCAUAGGUUACCGAAAAUAUUGCAAGUCUCAUGAAUAUUGAAUAUCAGAUAUAGAAGGUGUUCUACUCACAGCCCACUUAAAGUAGCCAGACAAACUAAUGAGAUUUCUUUCUGAAAAUCUGAGGAUCAUAAUGAAUGGCCGGGAUCUAUUCAACCAAUAUGUUCUCAUCUCAGUGGUACUUCUGGUUAUACUGCAGGUUAUUAUUUCAAAUGGGAUACCCUAUAUUUGAAAACAGUUUUGGAUUCCUCAUAAAAUUUCAACUACAGUUUAUUUGAACUUCUCCUACCCUAACCACAAGGUUCUGGAGAUAUUAAUUCAUUUUGUCUCAAAUUAUGAAUGAGUUAAAAUAAUUUCUUGAAAAUCUCCAGAUUUAGGAAUAGGGUGUAAAAUAUUGUUAGAUAGAGAUUUAAUUGUCCUUUUUGAUGAUUGUAAAAAAAAGGUUGUUCUUUUUGAAAAAAAUGAACUUUUUCCUGUUUACUACUCUUAGAGUCAAUUUUGAACUUCUGCAGAACAUUCUCAUUAAUCUAGCCUAGACAACAAGUACAAUUUAGAGAGUAUUCUCUGAAGAUAGUAUAAUUUUCAACUUCUUUAUUCAAGACCAUCCUCAUGUCAAGUUUACAAAUCCCAAGAACCUUGAGGUGGGCAUGGGGAAGUUAAAAAAAACAUAGUUUAAAUUUUGUGGUGAAUCUAAAAAUGUUUUAAAAUAUAAAGAAAUAACAAAGUUUGGCUCUACUUGCACUAUAACCUGGAUGAACCACAGAGACAGGAAGAUUUGAGAAUAAUAGAUCCUGCUUAUUCAUUUUGAUCCUCUAAAAUCCUAUUAUAAAAUAGGAUUUUAGAUAAUAAUAUCUAGAUACUUCUAAUGGGUGCUUUGAGUGAAACACCUGUAAAGAAGAUGGAAAUAACAUUGCAAAGAUUGAAAAAAAAUUUUAAUAAUUGUGGGGAAUAUUCAAUUUUGUGUCAUAUACAGAUUAAAUAUAACUGAAGGGGAGAGGAAAAUGGACAGUUAAUGAUAAGAAUCUCAAACAAUGAAUUUACAUGAAGUUUUAAAAUUUAAAUACAAUUAUUUCACGUCAGAUAUUGAUCCAAAGUAUCUAUAUCCCCUUAGCUUAGAUUUUUCAUCUCUGAUACUAAAUUUGAUCGUUGAUUUCAUCAUUUUAAAAAUAUUGAAACUAUUCAAGAGAUUUCAAUUUUGUUCGAAACCUUGUUAAUUGGUUUGUCGAUGCUCAGACAUAUUGAACAUUUCUUGUAAUAUGAAAUUAAAUUCAAUUAUUAAUUUAUAAUGUACAAUGUUUUAAUUGCUGCAAUAUUUCAAGAACAAGAACUAGUUUUCCCCCAAAUUUCAUGUCCCAAAAUUAAGAGGAUGCUCUUAUUUGUAUUGUAACAUUAUUUCUUGAACAUAAAUGUGUAUUCUGGUUUUUUAUUCCCAGAAAAUAUCUCAUUAUUACUCAAUAUUGUUGGAAUUUGAAAUGCCAGUCUUAAAUGGUUUCUGAGGGAUCUGAGCAUUGUACUCCAUAUUGGGUGAUACUUUUUGUGAUCCACAAAUCUUUCAUGUUAAGAAGAUAUAUUGGUCUCCAUGUAAAAAUGUAAAUAUCUGGACAUUAUGUACAUACUUUGUUUCAUCUCAAAUAUUCAGUUUGAGGCGACUCUGAAGAUAUUUUAUUAUAUCAUAUCAAGCUACUGAUAUUGCUUAACAGCUAUUAUGCCUAUAUUUUGUUAUUAUUUUUUCUACAAUUGAUUAUUAACUGUGUUAGAAUUGGCCAUAAAUCUGUUGAUAUGUGGAGUUGAAAAAUCAAUAAUUUCUAUAGUGUUAAGGUACUAUAGUGAUGUUUUAUUUUGGAAUAAAAUGUUCUGAAAAU